AUGGCCAAUUCCACCCUGGUGACUGAGUUCCUCCUGGAGGUUUUUGCUGAGACAUGGGAACUCAGGCUCCUCCUCAGUGUACUGUUCCUACUGGUGUACUUGGGCAGCCUUUUAGGGAACUUUACCAUCAUCAUUGCUACCACAGUUGACCCGACCCUGAACACACCCAUGUACUUCUUCCUCAGGAAUCUAUCCAUCUUAGACAUGUGCUAUGUUUCUGUCACUGUCCCCAAUGCCUGUGUCAACUCUCUCACUGACCACAGGAAUAUUUCUAUGACUGGGUGUGCAGCUCAGAUCUUUUUGGUCUUCUUUUGUGCUUGUGUAGAGAUUCUCUUUCUUGCUGUCAUGGCUCAGGACCGCUAUGUGGCCAUCUGUAAGCCUCUCCUCUACCCUAUGAUCAUGAGUCACCAAGUCUGUAUUCAGAUGACAUUGGCUUCCCUAUUUAGCUGCCUUGUCAUUGCAGGUAUGCACACUAUCAAAACAUUCCAGCUUUCCUUCUGUCAUUCUAACAUGGUACCCCAGUUCUUCUGUGAUAUCCCUUCUUUGCUGAGACUUUCUUGCUCAGACACUUUUAUCAACAAACUAUUAAUUCUUCUGACUGCCAUUGGGGUCAGUGGUAGCUGCUUUAUCUUCAUUGCUAUAUCAUAUGUUCGAAUAUUAUCAACUGUGAUGAGGGUUCCUGUCAAAGGAGAGCGAGGGAAGGCUUUUUCCACCUGUGUCCCUCACAUUAUUGUGGUGUCUUUGUUUCUUUCUUCUGGUGCCUACGUGUAUCUAAGAACUCCAGUAACAUCAGAAGUAGCUCAGGAAAUGACACUUUCUGUAUUAUAUACCAUCGUUCCACCAUUCUUAAAUCCUAUCAUAUAUAGUCUUAGAAACAAACAGAUAAAGGAGGCUGUGAGGAAAGUAACAUUAAGGAUUUUUUUCAGAGUUUAA